GGGCGCCGGCGACAGACGUGUGUGGCCCUCGUAGAUAUCUCCGUGAAUUUUUAAUAUCGAUGUUUUAAAACCUCUCCCCUGACAUAGAAAAAUACUUUUAUCUUCAAAAAUAUUAACAGUAAAGUGAAAGUUUAUGACAAAUUUUUGUGAAUGUUUUUUUUCUUGGUGUCUUAAGUUUUUGAAUUGCUCAAGAGAAGAAGUCUCCGAGCGGACGUACUGAAACUUAUUUAUCAAGACGAGGCAUGGCAUGAGCGGUCGCGUGGGCGCGACAUGCGGCGAGCGCCGCUCGCGCAGCCCGCCGCCGUCGCCAUUGCAAUAUCCUUGCUAUUACGCUUUGUUGACGCAGGUUCAAUGGGCCCCGGAGUACCAGAGAAUAUAACUGUUACUUUCCUAAAUCCGACCACGGUGCGAGUAUCCUGGUCUACAACAGCUGAUCUAGUUGAGAAAUAUGACGUCACUUAUAAACCCUCUGAUGCCAGUUACAGAGUGGUACUAGAAGUAGCUGGUAACUCUGACGCAGUGAUACUUAGCGGACUGGAAGCAGACACGCAAUAUCAAGUAACAGUCGCCGCCUUGUGGGGCGGACACAAGUAUAGAAGCAGGCCUAUAGUCUUCCGCACGCUGGAGCUCCCUCGAACGUCACCGCAACAGGACGGGGGUCUAGAGUCAGCUCGCUCCUCAGUGACCCCCCCCGAUCCUUCGCCAACAUUUCCAACGAUACGAGGCGUGGAAAUUGGGAUCGUAGUUUUAAUACUGAUAGUAUGGAUCGGAGCUAUAGCUCUAUUCUUCAAUAGAUGGGGGAAGAUUCGAAUGUUGCUGCCAUACCAACCCGACUACAAGCAGGAGCAGCUGAAGGUGCCCGGAAGCAGCGCUUUGGCUGCAGCAACGGCAGGCGGAACCUGUGGUGCUCAUUCAGCACCGUCAGCAUGUUCGCACAUGCGUUGGUCUCACACUCACACACAGAGCCUUGAAUGCGAGGAAGGGUUAUUGGCGCGCUGUAAUCGUCCUCGCAUCAACUCUGCUAUCUUCGUUUCAGCCGAGCCCACUAGUUUCGCCGGAUUUGAUCCUAGCGAAUUCCUCAGACGACACGGAUCACAAUCUCAAUUGUGCCGUAAGGCCAGAUCAGCGGAUAAUAUUCCUCUUACGACAAUGAGUGAUUCUUCAGAAAGGUUAUGUAAAAUAAAGGCUCCCCGAGAAGAGACAAUCAACGAAGAAGCUAAAUCUGAAGACAGUGGUAGUGUUGAGACGGUCAGACAUUUUGGUCUGCCGAUUUUGUCCGUAUCAGGACCAUCUCCCCCAGAUGAAGACUACGACCAGAUAGAUGAAUAUCUGUAGCAUUUCCAUACAAGUUUCCAGCUCAAAUAUGUGCUGGAAAAGAUGCGGCCGCCAUGGCCGAGUCCGGCACAAAGCCCAUCGAUGGAGGACUUUUCUUAAAUUCUUGGAACUAUUGUGUUUUCAGUGUGAGUGAUUCUUCUUAGUGAUUUAAAGCAUAAUACUACAUCGAAAUACAAAACUUAUCUAUUUAAUCAAACGUGUCUAUUUAAUCAAAGGUGUCUUGACGAGGGACCAUAAACUGUGCCCGAGCUCUCUCAUUCUACUAGUGAUACUUUAGUACAUAAUUUCAAGUCUCUAUUGAGUGUUAUUAUAAUAUUACGAAAUAAUUUGAUUAUCCUAUAAAUGUAUUGCAAAUAUAAAUAAGAAUUGCACAAUAAAUUACAUAUAUCUAUCUACAUUUUAUUGUGCCAGGUUAUACAUGAAUUUAAUGUCUAUGAUAGUAUUCUGGUAAGCAAUUUUUAUGUAUCGGCUAAGAAAUAACUAUCUAUGUUAUAAAAUUAUCUUGAGUGUCUUAAAAUAUGUAGUGACUUAGUUUCUAGUUCAUUUUUAUAGACGCAUAAUUAGUUUUCAAUUGCCUGUAGUCGUAAUUGCAUUUGUCUUAAAGACUUAUUCUAUGUCGUUUAAAUUAGAUUAGAAUUGAAGGUUGAACUUUGGUCCAAGAAUUGUAUUAUCUGCACACAUGGUGUUUUAGACAGUAAGCGAGUGAUACAUUUUAUAUUAUAACAACAGAUUCUACUACAUCUAUACAACUUCGUGUAAAAUUUUCUAUUCUAUUCAUAGUAAUUAGAAAUAAAUAAUGUUUAUCUUGAAAAUCAAUUUCCCAAGCAUAUUGUACUAUAGAUUAUAUAUACUUUUUAAAUCAUUAAGUCAAUUAAUCAUAAAUAAUUAGAAAGUUUAAUAUUUAUGCUAAAUGGCACUAAUUAUAUCUAUUAUGGAAACAGAAAAGAGAAUAUGACAUAUUUGAAACAAAAUUAACUGGGAAGGGACCAGAAGGUAUGUUAGGUAAUUUAGGAGUGAGGGCUACUUUGGCCGGACACCUGUUCUCGAAGUUAAGACUUCAUUAUUCCCUCCACUAUAUAUAGACUAUCUUUCCAACACAAAAAAGCACAUUUGACAUUAUCAUAUUAUAUUCAUAUAUAAAUUAAAAUUAUGUAGAUGAAAAAAAAAUAUUGCGUAAAUUUUUGUCCUUUUGAAACAAAUAACAUUUCAAUCUAAUCGAUUCAGAACAGUUGGUUUGACGAAAAUCGAUAUAAACUGCUAUAAUUAAGCUUUUAAGUCAUGUCUGACAUUAAUUGAACGUUAGGUAGUGUAGGCGUAAUGUGAAGAAUUUAUUCAUUUUUAUAAUACUGUAGAUUUAAUAAAUAGCCUUAUACUAAUAGCGAGUUAAUAAUAUCCUUAUUCCCGUAGUGAAUUUUAAUCUUCUACAAUAUUUCAAUGUAUGUAGUCUCUAUAUACUGUAGUCACCUUGUGCCAAUAUUAACUGUAUUUUGGUUGCCCAUAGACAUGUUGCAUUAAUUAAUAUAUUUUGAUAACAUAAUACAAGUUAUAUUGAAAGCAUUUCAUUAUAGAUAUAAGUCAACAAUUAACAUAGAUCGGAUUACUGAUCAUUUUAUAUUAUUUAGAUAAUAAUAAGACAUUAUAAUAAUAUUCGUAAGAUGUUCAUUGAAUCGGUAUAUUUCACCGAUCGGAAAGAUUUCUGUAAGGUUAGUUAUUUUCUGCUCAGUCAGACGACCCAUGGGUUGUAAAAUCUUGUCUUGGUCUUGUUUAUACCUCAUAUUGUAAUCCUUACCGCUUCUUCGAAAGCUAUAUCCAAUAAAAUAAAGAUAAGCCUAUCAUUAUCAAUGAGUAAUAAUUUAGCUUUUUCAUUUUAUUAGAAGUGUAUUUUAUCAUGGUGGAAUUCAAAUGUACAUAUCUUCACGAUGUAAAUCAAUGCUAAUUAUUCGAUUGUAAAUGACAUGAAUUCUAAUGUAAUAAUAAAAUUACUAUUUAUAUCCUUGAUUCUAUUUACUAUCACAAAGAAAUAAAGUACUAUAAAAAUAAA